AAGUAACAGAAUAAGAUGAAAUUUGCCCUAUGCGUGAAAUAAAACUGUCUAUCAAGAUGUAGCCGCCUGUCGUGGGUGGAAAAGCAGCUGUUACACACCAUGCGGCUGCCGCGUCGGAGCAAGAAGCUUCCUUUGCCAGAUAUUAUCUGGCAGAAUCGCAUUCUCUCUUCAAGCACGCCAGAGUAGUUCUGUAUACAAGAGGAGCUUCUGCAGUACUUCGAGCACACGCACUGCCUGGUGUGCACGGGAAUUUGGAGACACGCCUGAAGAGGCCGGGCCGAUUCUGCAGUAAGGACAACCUCCCGACCUUCCACGAGAAGCCCCACGACCAUCAAAAACCAUGCAGAAAAUUUGGGACCGCCUGCCCGACGCGGAUGAUUUUUUCGCGUACGACACCGCGAUAAGCAUUGCAAAUAUGUCUGGAUGUGGAAGAGUUCAUCCAACUUGUCAUGCUAAGUCUGGAUCGUGCGAAAAUCUGUCUUGCGUCAUCACCGAAAGUUGCACUUUUUUAACCAACACGAGAGGGAGUUUCUCACGCAGGAUAUGCAUGAUAGAGACCUCGCAAAAUCUGUCAUGCUAGGCCCUGCAUUACAGAGCUCCUUCGGCCUGGAAAUUCUGCAUGGCAAGUUUGUGUCCUUCCAAAGGACCAGGACAUAUUUGCAUUUCAUACGCGAAGGAAGUCCGUGUCCUCGACCGGCGGCUGGGGCUGGUUUACUACACGGUGUUGAACCUCAUCCUCUUCUACGUGUUGAUCUACGUUUUCAUGAUCGAGAAGAAGUACCAGGAAAACGAAAAAUCUAUGGGCUGGGUCGUCUCCCGGGCCAGCGGCUACAGUAACUUGGAGGAGGCGGCGAAGCAGGCCGCACUCCCACCCUUGGACUUGUUCGACUUGUCCGGGUAUGAAUUGCAAAAAUGUCUGGGUCUGGAAGAUUGCAACUUGUCAUGGUAAAUCUGAAGCAUGCAAAAAUCUGUGUUGCAUGAGUGCCAAAAGCUGUGCACUUUUGACCAAGUUGGAAGGGAGUUUCUCAUGCAGGAUAGGCAUGGCAGAGACCUCGCAGCGUCUGUCAUGCUAAGUCCAGCAUUCCAGACCUCAUGGGUCAUGGAAAAUCUGCAUGACAAGUCUACACUUCUCCAGACCCAGACAUUUCUGCAUUUUAUACCGGGCCGGGGGCGAGCUCGGAAGGGGAAGUGAACGCGGCGUUUUUGCCGACCAGGGUGCUGUACACGAAGGGACAGGAGAACAAAAACACCAAUUCCGACGCGGACUUCUGCGCCAGUCCGUCGCACCCCUGCACUUCCCCGGCAGAUUGCGAGAUUGAGAACCCGGAGCUGCAGAAAGGUAUACUACUACCACAUAUGCUUGAUGCAGCAAAGUCAGCAAUAACAAAGCUGUCUGUCAUGCGUGUUAGUACUAGACAGCACGUGACAAAAAUACUCAAAUCCUCCUUCAAACCCACACCACUAGGUGACCAAUGCACCGGCGGUUUCUGCAUGCGGCGGCAGUGGUGCCCGGCGGAGUGCGACCCGGUCGCGAACCCGAGCUGCGCCACGACCCAGGAGCUGCUGAUUGACCCGUCGGGCUACGAGCUGCGGUUCCAGACGUCCGUGCACUUUCACAAGUUUCAGAUGGACGUCUCAACGAUGGAAGAAAAGGAGGCGAUUGUGUAUCCGAAAAAAAAAGCAAACGUGUACAAGCUCCGGGAUCUGCUCCGAAUGGCCAACGUGGACACGAAAAAGGUGCAGAGCCACGGUGUGGUGAUACUGGUGACGCUGGUAUGGGAAGGGAAGGUUGCAUGUAUUCAAUUAUUUGUGUUGCAUGUAUUCAAUUAUGUGAAACUUAUACAGCAUAAGUGCGGUCCAAGUUUGUACCAAGUUUGUCAUGCAAAAACUGUUUGAGGAGGACUGGACAAAAACGUAUUUGCACUGCAGAAACACAAAUUUCUUCGUUCUCCAUACGAUCUCUUUGACUGCGAAAUGGACGAUGACACGUGCUCCAGUAAAUUGGAGUCCGUCCACGUGGACAGCAAAACUGGGUACUGGGGUUUUUGUCAUGCAGAACUAGUAGAGUGGUUGGCGUUUGUCAUGCAGAAAACACAACAUUGCGGUCUGCCUAAGCUUCGUUUGUGAUGCGGCAUCUGCAUGAGAUGAAAGAGGAGUUUAAUUAUUCAAAAAUAACGUACCUACAGGUACAACUACGCGCGCUCCGUGUACUACAGCGACGCUAACGUUGAAAAGCGCGAUCUCGUCCGGUUUUUCGGCGUCCGGGUCGCUUUGCAGGCCGUUGGGGACGGAGCGAAACGGAGUUUCAGCAUGAUCGUGCUGCAGGUGUCCUCGGCUAUUGCACUUCUCGCGGUCGCGCGCACCGCCGCGGACUUUUUUCUGGAAAAGGUCGUGCCGGAGAGGAGGCACUAUGUGGCUCAGAAGGUGCUGGAAGUGGAGGACUUUUAGAAACGGAGAAUUGUGAAAAAGGAGAAUAAAAUCAUGCUGACCAUUUUCAAAAAUCUUCUAGCAGGAAAUAAUCAUACGUCGGAGUACUACGUCGAACUACCCGGCAGAAUCGCGCUCUCGACACUCGUAGAACCAACUCGUCAAAGAUGGCAGUACAGAACAUAAUCCAAAUGCAUCUUUUCCACCUCGAAUGCGCACAAUGAGCCUCGACGGGCUGUCGGAGAAUCUUGUCGAUGAAAAAAGACCGUCUUCGCAUCGAGUACAACAAAAC